AUGGAUGGUGAUGUGAGUUCAGAUCCAAUGGAAGGGGUUGAGAAUAAGGAGCAAUCUACUCCCAUAAAUGUAGAUGUUGAUGAACAACCAACUCCUCAAAAUCAUAUUCCAAGUGAAAAUGCAGAAAUGCACGCGGGAGAAGAGGAAAUAGUAAUGAAACGAAAACGAAAAAAAACAUCAAAGGCAUGGUACGGUUUCACUAUAGUGACUCUAUCUAAUGGUACCAAAAAAGCUCAGUGUAUUCAUUGUAAAACAAAGUUAACUUAUGGUGAUAGCGGGACUACAUCAACCUUAAAAAGGCAUUUGGCUAUAUGCAAACCACAUAAGGAUUACGAAGAAAAACAGAAUUUAUUGAAUUUUCCACUUAUUAAAUUUGAUGGAGAUGCAGGACAUGAGAAGCUUCCUUCAUUGAUCAGGCCUGAUGCAAAGUAUGAUGGUAACAAAAUGAGAGAAGCAAUAGCUACUUGGGUGUUAGGUACUGAGCAACCUUUUUCUGUUGUGGAGGAUGAUUUAUUUGUGCAUAUGAUGAAGACAGCUACUCCAUUAUUUGAGAAAACAAACAGGACUUCAACCAAAGCAGAUUGUUUUAAGAUAUAUGAGCAUGAGAAAAAAACACUGAAAGCUCUUACAAAAGCGGCCUCAAAAAUCAGUUUGACCACUGAUUGUUGGAAGUCAUCUCAUCAGAAGAUUGAGUACAUGGUUAUCACAGGGCACUUUAUUGAUCAUAAUUGGAGAUUACAAAAACGUGUCUUGAGUUUUGUACAUGUUCCUCCUCCUCGUACCGGACUUGAUAUUGCUGAUGGUAUUUAUAAAUGUUUGAAGCAUUGGGAAAUUGAGGACAAGAUAUUCACGAUAUCUGUAGACAAUGCUGCAUACAAUGAUAGGGCGUUGAGAAGACUGAAAGAAAUUUUUUCUAGAGUGAGAAAACUCACAUGUGGUGGGAGAUUGUUUCAUGUUAGAUGUUGUGCACAUAUUUUGAAUCUUCUUGUGAAAGAUGGUCUUGCUAUGAUUGAUUCUGUUAUCAGGGAAGUUCGUGAGGGUAUCAAAUAUAUUAACAAUUCUGAGGCGAGACUUCAAACAUUUUCAAAUAUUGCACAUCAACUACAAAUACAAGAUAGAAAGUUGUUGCUUGAUGUUCCAACACGAUGGAAUUCAACCUAUGAUAUGUUGUCGGUUGCAUUAAAAUUUAAAGAUGUUUUCCCAAGAUUUGCGGAGUACGAGCCACAUUUCCAUCACCUGCCUAAUGAUGAGGAGUGGGUGCAUGUGGAGAGUGUAUGCACAAAUGUCAUUUCUGGAAGUGAUUAUCCAACAUCCAAUCUGUAUUUGAUUGAGGUGUUUAGAGUAAAAGAAACUUUGGAUAAAGGUUCUCUAUCAAAAAAUGAUUUUAUUAAGACUAUGGUGACUAAGAUGAAGGAGAAGUUUGACAAAUAUUGGGGGGAGUGCCAUCUUGUCAUGGCUAUAGCUUCAGUGUUAGAUCCAAGAUUUAAAAUGAAGUUAGUAGAAUUUAGUUUCCCAACCAUAUACUCCAAUGCUGAAAAGAACAUUGAAGAAGUGAAGAAAGCACUUUAUGAAAUGUAUGAAGAGUAUUUGGAAAUACAUGAUGCAUCAGUCCGAGAAGCUGCAACGCCUGCAAAUGGAUGUGGAGGAAAUGAAGUGUCAAAAACAUCACUCGGGUCCGGAUGGGAGGCUUUUGGGGAGUUUAUAAAAAAUACAGAUUUGGAGAGACCAGAAAAGUCAGAAUUAGAUAUGUAUUUGGAAGAAGGUGUUUAUAGGGACCCGAGACAAAAAGGAAUGGAUUCAUUCAAGGCUUUGGAGUGGUGGAAUGUUCAUAAAUUGAAGUACCGUGUUUUAUCAAAGAUGGUUAUGGAUGUGCUUGCGAUCCCGAUUUCUACCGUUGCAUCUGAGGCAACAUUUAGUGCUGGGAAGGAGGAAAUGCCCAUUGAGGUUUUAUUACCUACAGGGACAAAUUUUGCUGGAUUGAAUUUGCUUUAA